CAUUCAGCCGGGUUCUUUUCCCACUUGACUGUGACGUAAGUCCCCUCCACCCGAUCUAUGAGAAAGUGAUAGGAACAGGAACUGUCGAAAUGCUUAUAAAGGAGUUUCGCGUAGUCCUACCCAUCACAGUUCCCGAGUACCAGAUUGGCCAAUUAUACUCUGUAGCGGAAGCAAGUAAAAAUGAGACCGGUGGUGGAGAAGGAAUUGAAGUGCUCAAGAAUGAGCCUUUUGAAAACUUCCCCUUGCUCGGUGGGAAAUUUACGCGAGGACAGUACACGUACAAGAUUUACCACUUAGCGAGCAAGGUCCCAGCUUUCCUUCGACUCCUUGCUCCAAAAGGGUCUCUUGAAAUUCACGAAGAGGCAUGGAAUGCCUAUCCUUACUGCAGGACAGUUCUCACUAAUCCAGACUACAUGAAGAACAACUUCACCUUGUGCAUAGAAACCAUGCACGCACCUGAUAACGGCACGCAAGAAAAUGCGCAUGAGCUCCCACCAGAGAAACUCAAGCUUCGAGAAGUAGAAACCAUCGACAUAGCCAACGAUCCUGUCGCAGCGAAGGAUUACAAGGACGAUGAGGAUCCAACGAAAUUUAAGUCGAAAAAGACGGGCAGAGGGCCCUUACAAGGGGAGUGGAUGAAGGACUGCACACCAGUCAUGUGUGCCUACAAGCUAGUCACUGUCGAAUUCAAGUGGUUCGGGCUGCAGACCCGUGUGGAGUCUUACAUCAUGAAGACUGAACGAAGAAUCUUCACAAACUUCCACCGUCAGGUGUUCUGUUGGAUUGAUCGGUGGCAUGGGCUGACCUUACAUGACAUCAGAGAACUGGAGGAAAAGACUCGGCGAGAACUGGAUGAGCAACGACAGAAGGGCCAAGUGCAAGGCACCCGAGGGGAAGAGUGAGCUCGUGGCCGAAGGAGAUGUCUGCCGGACCGGGGUACAGCGACCCCGUCCCCUCAGCAGACACUGCAAAUGUGAUGCACGGGGUGAACCUCACUGCCCUCAUGUGGACAUUGUGCUCAUGCUGUGUGGAAAACCAGGCUAAGAUUUUGAGACAGCAACGGGAAAUUUUUUUGUCCUGCCUCUUUGCAUCUCAAAGACUAGUCCUGCUAACUUAAGAAGUGCGCAUGCGUUGUAAAUUAAAAAUAUCGAAAACAAACGAAAAAGAACUGGGGAGGUCUGCUUGCAGUGUCUGGUUUGGGACCCUCUUGUUUUUUUGUUUUUUUUUUGCUGCCUGCAAACAUUCCAGGACUGGACGCCACACGAAAGAUAAAAGAAUUACUAGUGGACAGUAUUAUGGUAAUACUAGUACAGGUGAAAGUUGUGAAGGAGUAAUGAGGACUUAUUGUCCACUGCGUCUAACAGUGAGUAAACUUGGCUCUGUUAAACUUCCGUCUCUGCUCUUCAGUACCAGAGUAUGGUAACUGCCUCAUGGAUGUUGAACCAUAGUUUGUCUCAUCAUACAGGCUAAUGGAUUUAAGUGUAAGAGAUAUAUACAUACGUAAACAUGGUGUUGCUUAUCACCGUCGUGUACAUAGCGUGCAGAGGUAGCCAUAUUGAAUGUUUGGAAAUUCACAUUCCCUUGCGUGUUUUUUUUUUCCCUCUCUGUGUAACAGUUCAUUGACAAUCUCUAAAUGUUUGCAAGGUGAUACUUCAGUAAGGUGUUUAGCUGGUAAACGACUAACGAUCUGGCAUUACCUGCCUUCGGAGAUUAAAGAAUGUCACGCGGGUAUGUGUACUUUUCUUUUCUCUGUUUAAAUGCUGGGAAACUUUCCACCGCAACACAGCUAUUUAGCGAGACAUUAAACUGAUAUUAGCUGAGCAUCUGUGAAUACCAAAGCAAAAAAAAAAAAAAACGAAUAAAUGUCACCCCUGAAUCUUGUUUUCAGUGGCUACGUUUUGCAUGGUGGUGCUUGUUGUGACUAUAGUUGUACUGCUGUACAAGAGUGUUUGACUGGCCCAGAGACAGCAAUAUCUUUACUCAGUAUGCUAGCAUCCAUGUCAACAGUAGCUGCUGUUUCCACACAUCAAACUCAACUUCUGUGCCAUAUUGUAUUUUGCCUCCCCGGGAAAGCCAAAAUUACGGAACAGAAAUGUUUUUUUCUCGUUAAAAAUCUAUAUGGAUUGUUGGGGCUCAACGGUGUGACCAUUGAUGUUUAGGAAGUGGCCUUAGAUGUUAGUUAUUUUAUAGCGGUCUUACGGCACUUUGGUAACGUCCUAAGAAUUCACCCCGAUCUUCCCAGGUCUUGGUUAUUGUACUAAGGCAUAUCUUCAAUGUCAUGUAAUAGGGAAUGCACAUUCUGUGAAUAGCGCAUUUCUCGAGUGCUUCGGACCGCUCGAAAAAUGCUUAGGGCGAAGAAAUAGAUUGCAUGUUUGGUGUGCUUUGUCACUUCUGGAGCAGACUAACCACUGCAUAUGUUAGGGAGCCUUUUCCAUGGACAGAGGGAACACCGUGCAGAGCACAGGGCCUCUUGCUGUUUCUCAACUGUCGAAUAUAUUGGUGGGCCCUGCACCCAUUAGAGUAGGGCUUUGCAGAGAAUAGAGAUUACUAACUAAUCAAUGAGCACCAAGGUAGGCAACCUAAUGAAAUAGCAAUGCCACAUUUUGGUGCCAUUGCCAUCCGUACUUGAAGCACGACAGGGAAGUCGGAAGGUCAUCGCAAAAGGGGGGGGGGGGGGGGCUGAAGUUCAAACAAUUGGUACAUUAAUAACUAAAAAAAAAACAAAUGAAACAUGCUGAGUUACAAUGCAGUGCAGAAUGACUUGAAAAUAUGCUGGAGCAGCUUCACUUUACUAGCAUUUGGCAAUGGCCAGCUUUUCUCUGAUUUUUGCUUGGUGUGUGGAAUGUGUUUUUGUUUAGAAGAUUUUCAAACAAAUCUGCCCCUCUACCUUCCGACGCCCCUAAAGCGCGAUGGGCGAUACGGGACCUGCCCUUGUUGACUGUCAGAUACAUUCUAUUUUGAGGUCAAUUAAUGGUGAAAGCAAUGUCAACUUUAUAGACUGGCAGCAAACCAUCUAUGAACAAGCAAAGGCAUGAUAACAAGGAAGAAAAACUGUUGUGUACGCUGGAUGUAGGGGCCUACCGAGUGGUACUGACGAGAACAGACAAGCGUUGAUAUCUGUCAAACAAAAGCAAUAAAUGUGGCCAAGAUGUCA